CAUGAGAAUGAAAACUACUACUAAGCAAAUGAUUUAGCAAUCAGCAGAGGGGAAAUAAUUUUGGUUUAGUUUUACUUAAUCCUUCCGAUGUAUAUUAUAUACCUCUCCUGAAGAAUUAACUGACGAUCUCCUUAUUUCGUUAACUUCACCAGAACUGAUGGAUGAGUAAAACACAGAAAAAAAACUGAUGUAAGCUGAGUCAAACACCGAAAAUGUGGCCGUGGGAAUGGAGAGAUACACUGAAGCGGCGUAAGGAUGGUUAUGGACGUGUUAACACAGAAGAUGACACUUAUGAAUCAAAGCAGCACAAAAUACAAACCAAAUCGUUCCUAAGGAACAAUAAGAUAAAAGGUUUAGCUGCAAUCUUAGUUAUAGCAGCUGUUGUUGUUUUCUUUGGCUGGCCUAGAGGAGGCUUUAAGGGUGAGGUUCCUGAUGUGUCUCAUGUCACACACCGCUACAAAAGCCAUGGCAGCCUCACUUUCAAAAAAGGGGAAUUUUAUCUUGAUACAAAUCCUAUCAAAAUUGUCAGUGGAACCAUGCACUAUUACCGAGUUGUACCAAGCUAUUGGGAGGAACGUAUGAAAAAAAUGAAAGCUUGUGGAUUAAACACACUGCAAACAUCAAUUCCAUGGAAUCUACACAAUCAGAAUAAACAUUCAUAUUUUACUGAAGUUUCUUCAUUCUUUCUUUAUUACAGUGAGUACCUGGAGACUGCUAAGAAAGUGGGUCUCCAUGUCAUUAUCGUUCCUGGUCCAUACGUUGGCAGUGACCUUGAACUUGGAGGUCUGCCAAGCUGGCUGUUACGUGACCCAGACAUGGAAGUGAGGACAAACUAUGAUGGUUACUUGUCCGCAGUUAAAAGAUAUUUCACAUAUCUGAUGUCUAUUAUAGAACAGAAGCAGCAUUCCAAAGGUGGCCCUAUUAUAGCAGUCCAGAUUGAACAUCAGUAUGGAUCCUUCAGUAAAGAUACCAAACAUUUGCAGGUUCUCAAAAAGAUGAUGGUGCAGCUUGGUGUAACUGAAAUGGUGCUGACAUCAGAUGGAUGGACAGAUGAUAAUAAGCUGGGCAUGGCUGUAGCACCUUUCCAUGACAGCGCCUUACCAACAGCCAGCUUCAGCAGCUUUGAGGAAGGGAAGUCAGCUUUUGAUCAUAUUACAAGUCUGAGUACAGACUUCCCAUUGUUCGUCUCAAACUUCUGGACAGGAGCCAACAACUACUGGGGAGAUAAAUACAGUCCUGGUUCUACAGUCACAGAGUUCACAUCAAACCUAGAGGAAGUGCUGAUCACUGGGGCCUCUAUCAAUUUCUACAUGUUUCAUGGGGGAACAAACAUUGAUGUUAUUGCAGGCGCUAGUGAUCAUAAUGGCUACCAACCGGGAGUCACAAGUUAUGAUUAUGAUGCACCGUUAACUGAAUGGGGAGACACCACCCUGAAGUAUAAGGCAAUCACUGAGCUGCUUCUGAAGUAUGACUAUAUACGACCAGAGGAUAUCGUGAUACCAGAAAUAUCUCGAGAUCCUCGGACCACUGCCUAUGGUAGUGUACAGAUACAGGCCUUCCUCAGUUUUGAGAACAUGCUAUCCAGAGUAAAGGGAAUGCAGAGGUCCCGCUUUUCACUUACCAUGGAGGAGCUGAAUGUCAGAGGUCAAAGGUCAGGCUACAUACUGUAUAGAACAAACAUACCUAGCUCGUCCAUUGUCAGAUUGACUGACCAGCCACGGGACAGGUUACAGCUGUUGGUGAAUGGUAUUAACAUGGACACAAUAUUUGACUGGAAUACCAAUACACGUACUACUGAUAUCUCCUCCGAAUGUAUCUUCAUUAACAACACACUGGACCUCCUAGUGGAGAAUACCGGCCGAGUUAGUGAGGUAAAACAGUCGUCAGAUUGGAUGGACAAGCAGAGGAAAGGUCUUCAUGGGGAUGUGUUAGUAGACCGCCACACUGUGAAUCACUGGACCAUCUAUAGUCUGGACUUCUCAUCCAGCUUCAUCAACAGGAUCAAAACGUUUGACAGAUGGAAACCAUUUACCUCCUCAAGUCUGGUUCCAGGACUGUACCGAACAGAACUGAGCAUUGAGCAGUCACCAACAGACACUUUUCUGUCACUUACUGGCUGGGAGAAGGGCAUGGUUUUUGUGAAUGGAAACAAUGUCGGACGUUAUUGGAAUGUUGGGCCGCAACACUCUCUUUAUGUACCAGCAUACUACUUGAAACGUGGUAUGAACUUGAUUUUGAUAUUUGAACAACACAAGGUUGGAGCGACCAUAUUUUUCUCAGACAAACCAUCCAUAGGAAAAAGGAUGGCAUCGGAAAAGUACUGAUUCGAUGGACAGAAUG